AUGGACGUCUUUACUCCAUCUUUGUGUAUUUUUCUUGUUUUAGAGUUCUGACGACAUGCUAUUAGAUUUGUUUGUAACGUCUAGUGUUUCGUUUUUGACAUAAACUUGAACUUUUACUAUGAACCUAAAUGGAUGUGAUCACAAAAGACGAGGAUCAGGCAUUUCAUGUUCGUUCCAGGAUGGAGGCCUCGUGUCUGGAACUGGCUCUGGAAGGAGAGCGUCUGUGUAAAGUGGGAGAUUACCGUGCGGGCGUCUCGUUUUUUGAAUCCGCCAUCCAGGUGGGCACUGAAGACCUGCAGAUUCUAAGCGCCAUCUACAGUCAGCUGGGCAAUGCCUACUUUCACCUGCACGACUACAAUAAGGCUCUGGAGUACCAUCGGCAUGACCUCACACUCACCAGAACUAUUGGAGAUCAGUUGGGAGAAGCUAAAGCCAGUGGUAACCUUGGAAACACAUUGAAGGUUCUCGGUCGCUAUGAUGAAGCAGCAGUUUGUUGCCAAAGACACCUAGAUAUUGCCAGGACGCUCCAUGAUAAGGUGGGGCAGGCUCGAGCGCUAUAUAAUUAUGGGAAUGUGUACCACGCCAAAGGGAAGAACAUAUGUUGGAGUGGGAUGGACCCUGGAGAAUUUCCAGAAGAGGCACACAUCGCGCUGAAGAAAGCGACAGAGUUAUACGAAGCGAAUCUGGCCAUUGUGAAAGAGUUGGGCGACAGAGCGGCUCAAGGCAGGACCUACGGUAACCUUGGCAACUCGCACUAUUUGCUCGGAAACUUCCAGGAUGCUGUUCUCGCACAUGAGCAGCGUCUCCUCAUUGCAAAGGAGUUUGGAGACCGAGCUGCAGAGAGGAGAGCAUAUUGCAAUCUUGGAAAUGCAUACAUAUUCCUUGGAAAGUUUGAAGUCGCUGCAGAGCAUUACAAACGGACUCUACAGUUGGCGCGUCAGCUGAAGGACCGGGCGGUGGAGGCUCAGGCCUGCUACAGUCUGGGAAACACAUACACCCUCCUGCAGGACUACGAGAGAGCCAUCGACUAUCACCUCAAACAUCUGAUCAUCGCUCAGGACUUGAAGGACCGGAUUGGUGAAGGAAGAGCCUGCUGGAGUUUAGGGAACGCCUACACCGCUUUGGGAAACCACGAACAGGCCAUGAGCUUUGCUGAAAAGCAUCUGGAGAUUUCCAAAGAGAUUGGAGAUCGCAGUGGGGAGCUGACAGCCAGAAUGAACGUGUCUGAUCUGCAGUUAGUUUUGGGACUGGUGCAAAACAACUCAAACCCUAACAGCUCUGUUUUAAUUGGGAGUCCGGCCGCUGACAGCAGUCUGACCGACGGACGAUCCAGAGGAAGCCGGAGACUCAGCAUGGAGAACAUGGAGCUCAUGAAACUGACCUCGGAGAAAAAUAUGGGUCAGAGCUCGGAGGAGACUACAACCCCUCAACAAACCAAAUCGCCAAGCAAAACAACUAUAGCCAAGACCUCUUCCAAGCUUUUCUUCAUCAAUCGCUUCAAAAGUAAAAAGCACAGGCCGAACGAUUCAAGCCUUAGUACACCUACUGAGAAUAAUAACAACAGCAGCAGCAGCGGCGGCACUCCUUCAGCACCUCUGGAAACACAGUAUGCUCCAGACACUCUGGGGGACGACGGCUUCUUUGACCUCCUCAGCCGUUUUCAAGGGAGCCGCAUGGAUGACCAAAGGUGCUCAUUAGAGGACGGCACUCGCCGUGUUCCUGCCCCUUCCUUCCCCUGUGAAACCCCGUCUGUAGCCUUAAGGAAACCUACUUCCGCGUGCGAAACCGAGGCCUCAGCACAGCCAGGACAUUUUCUAGACCUGCUGGCCAGUUCUCAGAGCCGCCGGCUGGACGAGCAGCGGGUCAGUGUGGACAGUCUGCCGGGUCUCCGUCUGGAUCAACGCCACAGCCAGGACGUCCUCAGCAAACUCAUGGCCACGGGCAAUAGCAGAGAGGCAGAUGAAAACUUCUUCGACAUGCUGAUUAAAUGCCAGGGAUCCAGGCUGGAUGAUCAGAGAUGUGCUCCUCCUCCUCCUCCAACCAGAGGUCCUACAGUCCCAGAUGAAGACUUCUUCAGCCUCAUCCUUCGCUCGCAGGCCAAACGCAUCGAUGAGCAGAGGGUCAUUUUACCGACAGACUCCAGACCUGUUCACACAAACCCUGACUGACCGGCUCCUUUACCAAAACUGAUGUUUGUUUGUUUUUUGGUAUUAUUUGAAGAUAUUAAUCAUGUACUGCACUAUAUUUUCUUCCUCAGUGUUUGAUCUACAUGAAGAUGUUUACUUGAAGCUACAAAUUUUAUAUCAAAUCUUUAUGCUUAUAGUUUCCUUAUUCGACAUUUGUUUCCUAAUUUUAAGCAUAAAUAGUAAGUGUUUAGAUAUUUAAACAGUUAAAUGAUUAUGAUAAUCUGGUUAAUAUUUUCACAAUUCUGAGUUUAUUUUCUGCCAUUUAGUUUUUUUUUCAUAAAAUUCAGACUUUACAUAGCAAUUCUAACGUAAAAUAAUAGCAAUAAAUUCAGAAUUGUUUGAUAUUAAGAUAUUAAUCGUGCUGCACUAAAUUUUCUUGGUCAGUGUUUGAUACAAAUGACAAGUUUUUGUAAUGAUAUCAAAUCUUUAUCAAAUCUAAAUUCUAUCAGCAAUUUUAUUCCAUAUUUUUUCCUAUUUUAGGAGGAAAAAAAUAAAUGAUAGUUGCAUUUUUGGUUUGUUUUCACAUUUCUGACUUUCUUGCCAUUUAGUUUUAAUUUAGACCUUAUAUGACACAAUUCUGACUUAAAAUAAUACCAAAUAAAUCAGUGUUAGAUAUAAAGAUAUUAAUCGCUGCACUGCACUCAGUUUUCUCAGUGUCAGUGUUUUAUCUAAAUGAAGAUGUUUACUUGAAGCAAAGUUUUUCUUAUGAUAUCAAAUCUUCAUCAAAUCAAAAUCUUAACCUCUAUUAGUUUCUAUUAACUUCAAAUUGUUUUUAUUUCCCCUUUUUUCUUAUUUUAGGGGGGAAAAUAAAUAUUUUUUAUUCAGACUUUAUACCACAAUUCUGACUUAAUAUCCAACAAUUAAGAUUUUUUUUUUGGUAUUAUUUUAAGAUAUUAAUCAUGCACUGCAUUUUCUUGGUGAGUGUUUGAUCUAAAUCAGGAGUGUCCAAACUCAGUCCUGGAAGGCUGGUCUCCUGCAUAUUUUAGUUCCAACUCUAUUAUGAAUUAGAUUUAUUUGUUAAACAGCUAAUCAAGCUCUUUCUAGGUAUACCAGAAAUUUUCAGGUAGGUGUGUUAAAGAAAGCUGAAGCUGAACAGUGCAGGACACCGGCCCUCCAGGACUAAGUUUGGACACCCCUGAUAUAGACUAUAUACACUAAACGUCUCUUCUCUACAUAGAAAUUUAAAAUGAUUUCGAUUUGCGAGAUAUAAAUCAUGAGAUUUGUUAGAUGUGUUAAUAAAUUGUGAGAUGUAAAGUCGAAACCUAAGAUACUAUGACAUGGAAGAUGAAAUUAUAAUUACUAAAAAUACUAUACCAGGUUGUCCAAACUCAGUCCUGGAGGGCCGGUGUCCUGCACCUUUUAGGUCCACCCUCAUUUAAACACACCUGAACCAACUAAUCAAGCUCUUUCUAGAUAUACCAGAAACUUCCAGGGAGGUGUAUUUAAGGAAGCUGGAGCUCAACUAUGCAGGACACCGGCCCUCCUGGACUGAGUUCAGACACCCCUGAUAUAGACUAUAUACUUAACGUCUCUUCUCUAAAUAGAAUUUUAAAAAAUUAUUUCGAUUUGUGAGAUAUAAAUGAUGAAAUUUGUAAAAUUCAUUGAUGACUUUAUGAGUUGUGAAAUGUAAAGUCGCAACCUAAGAUUCUACAACAUGGAAGAUGAAAUUAUAAUUACAAAAAAUACUUUACCAGGAUGUCCAAACUCAGUCCUGGAGGGCCAGUGUCCUGCACCUUUUGGGUCCAACCUCAAUUAAACACACCUGAACCAGCUAAUCAAGCUCUUUCUAGAUAUACUAGAAACUUCCAGGGAGGUGUAUUGAAGGAAGCUGGAGCUCUACUAUGCAGGACACCGGCCCUCCAGGACUGAGUUUGGACAUCCCUGAUAUAGACUAUAUACACUAAACGUCUCUUCUCUAAAUAGAAUUUUAAAAAUGAUUUUGAUUUGUGAGAUAUCAAUGAUGAAAUUUGUAAAAUGCAUUGAUGAAUUUAUGAGCUGUGAGAUGUAAAGUCGCAACCUAAGAUACUACAACAUGGAAGAUGAAAUUAUAAUUACAAAAAAUACUUUACCAGGGUGUCCAAACUCAGUCCUGGAGGGCCAGUGUCCUGCACCUUUUGGGUCCAACCUCAAUUAAAAACACCCGAACCAGCUAAUCAAGCUCUUACUAGGUUUACUAGAAAUUUCUAAGGAGGUGUGUUGAAGGAAGUUGGAGCUCUAAUAAAAAUGUGGCCCUCAAUGACUGGGUUUGGACACCCCUGAUAUAGACUAUAUACACUAAACGUCUCUUCUCCAAAUAGAACUUUAAAAUGAUUUCGAUUUGCGAGAUAUAAAUGAUGAGAUUUGUGAAAUGUAAAGUCGAAACCUAAAAUAUUACAACAUGGAAGAUGAAAAUAUAUUUAUUAAAAAUACAAUACCAGGGUGUCCAAACUCAGUCCUGGAGGGCCAGUGUCCUGCACCUUUUAGGUCCACCCUCAAUUAAACACACCUGAACCAGCUAAUCAAGCUCUUUCUAGAUAUACCAGAAACUUCCAGGGAGGUGUAUUGAAGGAAGCUGGAGCUAAACUAUGCAGGACACCGGUCCUCCUGGACUGAGUUCAGACACCCCUGAUAUAGACUAUAUACUUAACGUCUCUUCUCUAAAUAGAAUUUUUUUAAUGAUUUCGAUUUGUGAGAUAUAAAUGAUGAAAUUUGUAAAAUUCAUUGAUGACUUUAUGAGUUGUGAGAUGUAAAGUCGCAACCUAAGAUACUACAACAUGGAAGAUGAAAAUAUAAUUACAAAAAAUACUUAACCAGGAUGUCCAAACUCAGUCCUGGAGGGCCGGUGUCCUGCCCUUUUUAGGUCCACCCUCAAUUAAACACACCUGAACCAGCUAAUCAAGCUCUUUCUAGGUAUACCAGAAACUUCCUGGGAGGUGUAUUGAAGGAAGCUGGAGCUCUACUAUGCAGGACACCGGCCCUCCAGGACUGAGUUCAGACACCCCUGCCUAAGAUACUACGACAUGGAAGACGAAAUUAUAAUUAAGUAGUAUACUAUAGUAUUUAUAAAUAUAAUUUAGUCUUCCAUGUUGUAAUAUCUUAGGUUUUGACUUUCUCACAACUCAAUUCAUCAACGCAUCUCACAAUUUGUAUCUCGCAAAUCUAAUUUUUUUUAAAUAAUGUUUGCAUAUACAUCUCAAUAUUCAGGCUUUUCCCGUCUCAAAAUUCCAAUUUAACAACUUUAAAUUUGGCUCAAUUUCUUGCUAUUUGGAUUUUACAACUUGUUUACUCAGCAUUGUGAUAUAAAGUAGAAGUAAAAUAUGACAUCUGUACAGGAUAAAAACACUGAGGAAGAAAAACUUUGUAUUUUGCAGUCCUUACUGAAGUUUUCCUCCUGAAUCGUUGAUCCUGGAAGAUUUUUUCUCUUCUCAUUUUGGACUUGAAGAUUUUGGUAGGAGAAGAUAAAUGAAGACUUUCAAUCAUUGCUUUAUUCACAUUUGUUUGUGCUCAAUAGAUGCUGAUUCUGAAUCAGACCCAAACCCCACAGUCUCUUCUCAGGGAUUCAGAGCAAUGCACUGAACGUGUGUCCCUCACCUGGAUAACUGGAUGGAUUUAAUCAGCUUUUACUGGACCCUUUUUAUAUACAUAUAUAUAUUUUAAACACUAAACCUAGUAUACUCUC